AUGUCUGGACGGCGUCUGCUAGACGUCAUCCAAUUAUUCAAUGCUUCAAAAUCGGUCGCAGGAAAACAUCUAGCAAUUCGUCAGAAUCAAUUGGAUGUCUACGCUCGGACAUCCUCCUUAACCAAGGGGAUUAAGGAGCAGACUGAUGGGUUGAUUUUGACUGCGAAAGCUGCGGCCGCCUUAGCUCGCCGGUUAGAGGAUUCUUCGCCACCUUCCUCCCCUUCCUCCUCUUCCUCCCCGUCGCCGACCACCGCUUCUCCCCUGAAUCCAUCUGCCGACUCUGCCGACCCCAGCCCCAGCUCCAACCCACAAUGGCAUGCGGAAACGGCCACUACGGCCUCCACGGCCGCCGCGGCCUCUCAAUCCUCGUUCCCCACUUCGGCCGAUAGUCGCAACCAACGACGUCACGUCGAAUUCCAAUUACCUUCUACUACAGCACAAUAUACUGGCACCGAAAAAUCACCAGAUCUCAAUGUGAGUCAACAACAGGAUGUUUUUGACAAGCCAUCGCACGAGAUUACAUCGGAAUCGCCGGAAUUAUCCGCGCAACCUAAAGUCAAUUUACCUACGGUCGCUGCCGAUGUACAAGUUGGUUCAGGUGAUGGAUUGAAUGCCGAUGUGUUUCAUGCGGCCACCAGGCCGGAGGGGAAACCUGCUUCGACGAUAGCAGGGGACCAGGAGAUUCCAGAGGAGAUGAUGCAAGAUCUUUUCCAUAGUCCUAGGGUAUCGCGCAUGUUCGGAGGGAAACCUAAACCAAAACGUGACUGGAUCCCGGCGGAGAAGUCUGCCCCCAAGUUCGUUGCGCCUGGUGCUACAUUGGCACCUAAACAGGAGAUUGCUUCCAAGACAGAGGAGGAAGAUAUUCAAAAGCUAGCUGCCAGUGUUGCCGAGGAUGUAGCGCCAAUGGCCCAAGUAGCGUCUGAAGAGACAGCGGUGCCGUAUCAGAUGAUGGAAUCUCGUGUCCCUUCCUCUCGAUUGGGUAGACUAUGGCAGUACGGCGGAUUGGCGACAUCUAUGGCCUUUGGUGCUGUAAGUGAAACCGUCCGUCGAGCUACCGGUAGUCAGGACAGUGGUUCUAUCAUGUUUAGCGCGGGGAAUAUGGAGCGUAUGGUAUCGAAGCUAUCGAAAAUGCGAGGUGCCGCUCUCAAACUGGGUCAAAUGUUGAGUAUUCAAGACUCGAACAUGCUUCCCGAGCCCAUCCAACAGGUCCUCCAACGCGUCCAGGACCGUGCCGACUACAUGCCUGCCUCCCAACGUGAUAAGGUUUUGGCUGACAAUCUUGGUCCCAACUGGCGGGAACUCUUCACCUCGUUUGAUGAUAUUCCCAUGGCGGCUGCUUCUAUUGGCCAAGUCCACGCUGCGGUUCUCAGAAGCACCGGCAAACCCGUUGCUGUGAAAGUCCAGUAUCCCGGCGUCGCAGACUCCAUUGACUCCGACCUGAACAACUUAUCCAUCCUCCUCACUGCCUCCCGCCUCCUCCCACGUGGACUCUACCUCGACAAGACCAUCGCUAACGCGCGUGUCGAACUUGGAUGGGAAUGUGACUACCACCGUGAAGCUCAAUGCGGUGCCCGUUUCCGUGAGCUGCUUCGCGACGACCCCGUCUUUGUUGUGCCGGAGGUUAUGCCCGAAGCCUCAGGCAAGCAAGUGCUUACCAUGGAAAUGCUCGAAGGUGUCGCUGUGACCAAGAUUCAAGAUUUCUCACAAGAGCAACGCGACUGGAUAGGCACACAGAUCAUGCGCCUGUGUCUACGUGAAAUCACCGAGUUCCACUACAUGCAGACAGACCCCAACUGGACCAACUUCCUCUAUAACGCGCGGACAAACCGCCUCGAACUCUUGGACUUCGGUGCCUCCCGCGAAUACCCCUCCGAAUUUAUUACCACCUACGUCCGCACACUUGUUGCCGCUUCGCGCAAUGAUCGCACUGCUUGCCGCGAUCUCUCCGUUGAACUGGGCUAUCUCACUGGCCUCGAGUCUGAGGCUAUGGCAGAUGCCCACGUGUCAUCUGUGAUUACUAUAGCUGAACCCUUCAUGGGCUCUUCGCCUGAUCUCUACGACUUCCGGAAUCAGACUAUAACUGAUCGUGUGCGUGCGCUCAUUCCUCUGAUGAUUCGUGAGAGACUUGCUCCCCCGCCUGAGGAGACAUACAGUUUACAUCGCAAGUUGAGCGGUGCUUUUCUGCUUUGUGCACGGUUGGGUAGCCGUGUGCCUUGUAAGGAAUUAUUUGUUGAGGCUAUUCGCAAGGCUGAGCUGAGGGGAUCAUUUUUGGAUGAGCAGAAGUUGAACUAG